AAAAAAUUUAUUCCGUAUAAGCUCUUCUGGUUUUUUUCCAUUUUCAUAGUGUUACUUUAAUCACGCUAUUUUUAAGGCACUUUUAUCAUAGCCUCUCUCUUCCUUUCUCCCAUAGAUCCAUUAUAUGACACUGACGAAUUAUGUUACGUUUCCUGUAUCUAAAGACAACAUCAAAGAGACAUUUACAGUCAAGUCCAAGUAUAGAAUUAUUCGUAAAGUAGGCUCAGGGGCGUAUGGAACUGUUUGUUCCGCCUUGGAUCUACAAUACCAAAGAUUUUGUGCCAUUAAGAAAGUCUAUGGAGUAUUUGAUAAAAGGCUAUUUGCCAAGAGAACCUUACGCGAAAUAAAACUUCUCCGUCUAUUCAACAACCACAGGAGGAUCAUUGAGCUUCUAGAUUUGGAUAUGGUUCCUGGGACAGAGGAGAUAUAUUUUAUAUUUGGAUGUAUGGACGCCAGUUUGCAUGAUGUCAUUCACUCCCAACAGCCUUUGGAUGCCAUACAUGCUCAAUGGUUUCUAUAUCAGAUGCUCUCUGGUUUAAAGUACAUCCAUAAUGCCAAUGUAAUACAUAGGGACCUCAAACCAGGUAGUCGUCAUUUGUACCACACGUCUACUUUUGACAGAUUGUCUCUAAUAACUUGUACUCCUCUUAGCAAAUAUCUUGGUCAAUAAAGAUUGCGACAUUCGAAUAUGUGACUUUGGCAUGGCAAGGUGCUUUGAUGAAGCCGACAAUUUGUCUUACCUUACUCAAUAUGUUACGACGCGUUGGUAUCGCGCUCCUGAAGUCAUGAUCAGCCUGAAAAACUACAGCAAAGCCA